CACACACCCACACUGUUAUCUGCUGGCAUUGUGAUUUCUCCAGUGGCUGCGUUACCCUCUAUUUCCAUAUGGAGGCUCUCAUAUUAAUUUUACUGCGUUUCCUUUAAUGCAGAAGAACAGAAUGAUCAGAAUUAAAACGUGCUGCAGAUGAAUCUUCUCUUUUAUUCGCUCUCAGUGGUCUUCAUUUUACUCGACAAUGGUGUUUCCGGUGUUGGAUCCGAUGAAGUGUCAGUGCUGGAGGGAGAUUCAGUCACUCUAUACACUGGUGUUCAAACAAUCCAACAAGAAGAUAUUAAAUGGUAUUUUGAAGACACUCGCAUCGCUCAAAUCAAUGGAGAUCUCAGUAAGUUCUGUACAGAUGUUCAGUGUAAUAAAGGCACUGAGAGAUUCAGAGACAGACUGAAGCUGGAUCAUCAGACUGGAUCUCUGACCAUCACACACACCAGAAACACACACUCUGGAGAAUAUACACUGAAGAUCAUCACCAGCAGAAUCAGUGGAAAUAUCUUCAAUGUUUCUGUUCAUGGUGUUUCUGCUGCUGAACGAGAUGAAGUGAAGAGAGAGUCAGUGAAGGAGGGAGAAUCUGUUACUUUACAUCCUGGUGUAAUAAGAAAACCAAGUGAUGUGAUGAUGUGGUAUUUUAAUGAAACUCUCAUCGCUGAAAUCACUAGAUAUCAGAGUCAGAUCUGUACAGAUGUUCAGUGUAAAGAGAGAUUCAGAGACAGACUGAAGCUGGAUCAUCAGACUGGAUCUCUGAUCAUCACACACACCACAAACACACACUCUGGAGAAUAUCAACUACAGAUGAUCUUCAUCAACAGCAGCUUCAGCAUCACUAGAGUGAAGAGAUUCAGUGUUUCUGUCAUCGGGUCAGGUCUGUCUCCAGGAGCUGUAGCAGGAAUAGUUGUUAGUGUUCUUCUGCUGGUUUCUGCAGUUGUUGGUGCUGCUGGUGCUGUGAUUUACUAUCGUCACCACGGUACACAUACACCAGUACCACAGGAUGAGGGGGAUGCUGUUGACCCACCAGCUGAUCCCAAUUACUUUCCUGUGGAGGACAUGCAACAUCCAGGUGAUGCUGAUAACCCACGACCUGAUCCACAUGACAUUCCUGUGGAGCACAUGGAACAUCCAGACUUUAUAAUUUUGAUGCACUGAAAUGAACACUGAAGAGAAUUUGGAAAUGAUGGAAAAAGAUCAGGUGAAACUCUUUAAUUGUCACUAUUUCUAAAUUUCAGUGAUCGGUACCAAUACGAGUGAAAUUGGCAUUUAGCCUUAAACACUAAACACGCUUGACCUCCCUACAACUUCAGAAAUACCUCUAAUGUGAAUUAACGUGCCAAAAUGACUUUUGUCAUCACUGUUUACUGAAGCAUAUCUAGUGAAAGGGAACAGGCUUCUGUUUGGGGAGAAGAUCUUUAAAUAGAGGUCUUAAAGUAUCAAGGUCCAAUGAUGGAAUGUCUAUUUAUGUUUACAGAAGUAUGUGGUGUGUGCAAUGUGCAUGUCAUGAGUGCUGAAUGUUGCUCCUGGUACAGUCUGAAAACAAUGUUCUUUCAUUCUAUUGAACCGUAUAUUUAAACAUGUAACUUAAAGGAAUUUAGCAUUAAGCUUUGUAUUAGUAGAAAACCUGUAGUAUUUUCGCAUUACCAUUGUAAGGUUGAAGAGAAAAUAUAUGACCAGUGUUCUUUGAAGACAACGGACAUUGCUUGCAAAGGUCCACCUUCUUUUGAGCUUUUCACAUUUGGCCACAAAACUGCUUCUGCUGACACUGGAAAGGGGGGGGCCCUCCCCCUCCCCUGAAGCCCCCGGGCCCAGCACUAUUGGCCAUGGUUUCAUUCUCCCAAAAGGGAGUCAGACUGUUUUUCUUCAAACUCAGAAACUGCAACCUUACUGACUGAAGAGGACAACCUCAUUUUUAUGAAAAAACUCAUAAAAAUGUGACAC